AUGAGGCCUCAGAGACUUCUGGACAUCGCCACUGAGAAGUGCACGCUCGGCUGUCCAAUCCUCGAUGAUCUCCUCGGCGGCGGCGUUCCCUGCGGUUCCGUCACGGAGUUCGCCGGCGAGAGUGGCGUCGGGAAGACGCAGCUCUGCCUCCAGCUCGCCCUCUGCGCUAUGCUUCCUCCCUCCCGGGGAGGUCUCUCGGCCGCCUCCCUGUACAUUCACAGCGAAUUCCCGUUCCCUCUCCCCCGCUUGCGCCAUCUCUCAUUUCACUUCCCUUCGCCGUUCCCCUCCCCGCUCGAUCAUGUCCUGGUCCGCGGAGUUCACACGGCCGACGAACUUCUGGCCAUCCUGGAUCGCCUUGGUGACCUCCUCUCCCGCCCGCCAUCCGGUGUCCCAGUGAAGCUCAUCGUUAUCGACUCCAUCGCCGCCCUCUUUCGUUCUGAUUUCGAUAACAACUCGGUGGAUCUCAAGCGGAGGUCGUCUCUCUUCUUCAUGAUUGCCGGGAAGCUGAAGGAGCACGCGGCCAGGUUCGGGCCCGCGGUGGUGGUGACAAACCAGGCGGUGGAUGUCGUGGCGACGGAGGAUCAAUCCAGCAGGCUGCGCGUGGGAAACUACGCGUCUCUGCGGACCUCGGGAAGGGAUGUCUGCCCUGCCCUGGGACUUUCGUGGGCGAACUGCGUGAACACAAGGUUGUUCCUGUCCAGAUCUGAGCAGAGACCGCCGAAAGCCGUGGAUCUGGGAGAUUCGACCAGUGAAGGUACCUAUACGGGGAAGGUGAGGAGGAUUCAGGUCGUCUUCGCGCCUCAUUUGCCGGAAUCUUCCUGCGAAUAUGUGAUUCUGAGGAAGGGCAUAUUAGGCCUCUGUCAAUAG